AUGGCUAAUCGAUCCUCUACCCGUGCGGCCUUCGGUUUCUACACUUUGAACCCUCCUACACGGGCAUCCUUCAACACCACCCACCCACACACCCCUCCGCUUCGCAGCGCUUCCCGGAACCACAUGGCCCAACUUCCGCGGGAGCUAACUUUCAAACGCGCCAACCACACAGAACGCUUCGCUCCUUUGCGCUCUCACCUGACUGAAGGACUGACAUCACCGCCGACGGCCUACCCGCCAUCCGCUAAACGUUCUCCCAUUGCUUGCAAACCGCCGCGGCUGCUUGGUCUCAGUCUUGAACAGAGAGACAGGUUCGUGGCGCUGAGACAGGCCGCCAACCCGAUAGCGCGCGAGACCCAUACGGCUUUCAUGAGGGUUCGCUUUCCAAAUGGGGCACAUGCUCGUUCUGACGUAGUCUGUUUGGGACCCUUUGGGAGCACUCUCAUCGAAACCGAGGCGGCGGCAUCGUACCUGAUUGACAAAAUCGAGAUAAUCGACCUCAUGGCAGCGGCGAUCUCUGUCUUGUUGCUCUUGAACGGCUAG